GUCUGGGUGCGCUGCGGGCGGCCGUCCCUUCGCGCCUGCGGCUGCGGCGGGGAAGAACCUCUCCACCCCCAGGCUCCCCAGGGUGCUCAGACCAAAUUCCUGGGUAACUUUGGACUUAAUCUGCCAGAAUCAACCAUGUGUGAUGCCUCCAUUGCUAAUCCCUGAUGGAGCCACCACCAGGCUGAUGGCCCCAGCCUCACUGGAGCACCAGGGUACAACCAGCCCCACAGGAUCCUCUGACUUCCAUCUGCCUCAGAAAUCUCGGGAUCAGGUGAUGGCAGCGGCCAGGCUCCUGCCACCACCGGCAGGACCCCAGCCCCUGUCAUUCCAGGCCAAGGUGACCUUUGAGGAUGUGGCUGUGCUCCUCUCCCAGGAGGAAUGGGACCGCCUGGGCCCCGCUCAGCGCGGCCUCUACCGACACGUGAUGAUGGAGACGUAUGGGAACGUGGUGUCACUGGGACUUCCAGGAUCAAAGCCCAACGUGAUCUGCCAGCUGGAACGAGGAGAAGAGCCAUGGGUCCUGGAUGGGCAGGGGACUAAGGAGACUGGGGGCCUGGGGAGUGGCCAUUCAGACAACUACAGACACGACCACAUGCCAGCUUGUAUGGGACAAGACAGCUCACCCUGUCCGUGGGAAUGUGAAAACCAGGGAGAGAACCAAGAAAGGGACUUGGGCGUGAAGCCAGGUGUCUCCGAGGACGGCUCCGUGGUCCCGGGGGAAGGCCGCCCGGGAUGGCGCGACCAGGGGCGCCCGCGCAACGCUCCGCCACCUCGGGCCCCGGCUGCUGCUGGCGCCGAGCGGCCCUACAAGUGCACCGAGUGCGGCAAAUGCUUCGGCCGCAGCUCGCACCUCCUGCAGCACCAGAGGACCCACACCGGCGAGAAGCCGUACGUGUGCGGCGUGUGCGGGAAGGCCUUCAGCCAGAGCUCCGUGCUCAGCAAACACCGGCGCAUCCACACGGGCGAGAAGCCGUACGAGUGCAACGAGUGCGGGAAGGCCUUCCGCGUGAGCUCGGACCUGGCGCAGCAUCACAAGAUCCACACGGGCGAGAAGCCGCACGAGUGCCUGGAGUGCCGCAAGGCCUUCACGCAGCUCUCGCACCUCAUCCAGCACCAGCGCAUCCACACGGGCGAGCGGCCGUACGUGUGCGCGCUGUGCGGGAAGGCCUUCAACCACAGCACCGUGCUGCGCAGCCACCAGCGCGUGCACACCGGCGAGAAGCCGCACGAGUGCGCGCAGUGCGGCCGUGCCUUCAGCGUCAAGAGGACGCUGCUGCAGCACCAGCGCGUGCACACGGGCGAGAAGCCGUACACCUGCAGCGAGUGCGGCCGCGCCUUCAGCGACCGCUCGGUGCUCAUCCAGCACCACAACGUGCACACGGGCGAGAAGCCGUAUGAGUGUGGCGAGUGCGGCAAGGCCUUCAGCCACCGCUCGACGCUCAUGAACCACGAGCGCAUCCACACGGAGGAGAAGCCGUACGGCUGCUACGCGUGCGGCAAGGCCUUCGUGCAGCACUCGCACCUGACGCAGCACCAGCGCGUGCACACCGGCGAGAAGCCGUAUGUGUGCGGCGAGUGCGGCCACGCCUUCAGCGCCCGCAGGUCGCUGGUGCAGCACGAGCGCAUCCACACGGGCGAGCGGCCCUUCCGCUGCGCGCAGUGCGGCAAGGCCUUCAGCCUCAAGGCCACGCUGAUCGUGCACCUGCGGACGCACACCGGGGAGCGGCCGUACGAGUGCAGCCGCUGCGGCAAGGCCUUCAGCCAGUACUCGGUGCUCAUCCAGCACCAGCGCAUCCACACGGGCGAGCGGCCCUACGAGUGCGGUGAGUGCGGCCGCGCCUUCAACCAGCACGGGCACCUGAUCCAGCACCAGAAGGUGCACCGGAAGCUGUGACGCCCAGGAGCCCCGCCGCCCGGAGCCCCGGCACGAGGAGCUGCGGCCCGGGGGAGCCUCAGGGGCCCGGCUUUCUUUCCCCCCACCCUCCGGUUCUGCCACACAGCACUCACCUCCGUGGUGACUUUUGGUACGGGUCGCCACGUGCACUCACCCUCUAACAUUACACCGUCUUUUGGAAGAAACCGAAGGAAGUUAGGACCCAAGGAAAUACUUUCACAAAACUUUCUUACCUUCUAAAUAAAGUUUUUUCUUAGAACAUCCCAUGCCUUUCCUAAAAACGAUAAUUAUUCUAAUUAUUGCACCUAAAAUUAGACUUGGAUUAUUUGAGUGUUGUUAGGCCACUAAAGUGUUGUCUGGAUGAUAUAUUUUUUAAAAAUGUCAUUAAGUCUCAUCAUGUAAUAUGGCUAGGAACCCUAACUGUAUAGAAUCACAUGUUUUAUAAAAAGUCUAAAGAUUAAUUAGUGAGAAAUGAUGUAAACUUAGAAAACACUUCAUCUGGUGUUUCAACUUUAUUCAAGAUCAGAAGGGAUGUCCUAACUUUUGGUGAAAAUUCAACUCAAAUAUGCUUCUUUGCCUCAAUGCCCACCCUUAUGAUUUAAGGCUUUGUGCCGCAGAAAUCAUGGGACGUCUUGAGCCUUUGGACCCCAUGUGGGUGGGAGGGGGGCUCUGCACCUCAGAGCCCAGACCUCAGCUGUUGCAUGAACUGGGAGCCUCUUUAUACAUUGUGUUACUCAAAAGAAAGUUCUUUGGUAUAUAUUUUUAAAACUUAAAAUUCUCAAAUUCAAAUAGCUUUUUUAUUAUCUAAAAUUUCCAUUCCAGUGUUUGAGGUUUUUGUGUUUUUACUCCUGAUUCCAAGAAAGUCUAGUAUCCAGUUUCACUUACUACAA